AUGGCGGAUUUUUGUGGAUAUAAAGUCGAAAUAAAGUCGGACCAACUUGGAACAGUUAUUGGAAUUGUAAAGGCAUACAAUGACAAUCAAAUUGACCUAACCGACACCACCGUCAAUGGUCAUAGUGUUCCCGAAAUGCUUUAUUCCGUCCAGAAGCGUUUCAUCGGCCAACUGAAAAUUCUUUCAACAACUCGCACCUCUUGCAGCCAAAAUAAGUCUACCGGCUGCAUUAACCAGACUCCCUCAUCUCGUGAUCUUCGUCGCGAAAAACUGCGCAACAUCCCCGGUGCCUGCACAGCCUACGUGUGCGACCGAUCACCUCCCCGAGUUGCCAAAACCCCUCAAAGUCAACAGAAACUUUAUCAGCAGAAGAAGCUUGAGAAUGGACUAGAGAAACCACUCAGGCGGUUAAAUAUCAGUAAGGAUGAUGGCGGAGGUCUUUCUCGCACAUCUAGCACCAGUGCAACAGAUCGUUGGAGCUGUCGUUCAAAAUCAACUGAAGCCCUCAAUUCUGACUCUGCAUCCGGUUUCGAGAGCGACUCAGCAGCUUCUAAGUUGCAGAGGAGGAAUCAAAGACGCACUAAAACUCGAGGAAAGCAUAGCACUUCCAUGAGUAAUGGAUGGGAUUCCUUGCGAAUUGAAGAUUUUAUCGAUACGGACUUCGAUUUUGAGGCUAAUUUGGCUCUGUUUGAUAAACAGGCCUUCUAUGAGAAAACGGAUGCGAAGGAGGGUGGAAGUAGCAAGAGUAGUGGACGUUUGCAUGACUUCUGUCCCAAUGGUGAAAAGGUUCUAGUAGAGGGCCCCGAUGGAGUCAGCUUCGAACCAGUUCCCGAGCCGAGGAACAUGAUGUCUACACCUUCGAGGGCUUGGGAAUCUCCAGCAAUUAUUUCUACUAUGUGGUAUUCCACCACUGGUCGUAAGGUACCUUUCCUCGCUCCUAGCGUCCACGAACGCGUGUUGCAGUUCCUAGCCACUGGACAGGAUUCAGCGGGUAUGGCGAUACCCCUCUCCAUGGGACUAACAUGGGAUCGCCUCAUUGAAAUGGCUGGUUUGGCAGUCGUCAAUGGUGCCCUCGCUUUUCUCAAACAGUCACCCAAUCGACUAGGUCAAAAACAGAGACCAUCACAACAACAGCAUCAGUCUGCGCAACCGCCCCUACGAGUUCUCGUGCUGCCUGGAAGCCGAAAUAUGUCCGGAGCUCUGGCUGUGAACAUUGCUCGUCACUUGGCCGCCCGAGGUGCUGCUUGUGUUCUUCUCCACACUCCCUCCACUCCAUCGGUUGAUGAAUCCACCCCUUUCCCCGCCUACAACGUCGAACUAACGUUAGCCCAAACCCUGUCCCCUAGGGCUACCACCCUCCUUUCCCCAGAAGUGAAAGAAUACGGUGUCGACGACGACGAAGAAGAGGACGAAGCAGAUGCCAUUCUUGGUAACGGUAACGGUGAACUUACUAGCCCCGCAGGUCGGAUGUGGAUCAGUAGAAUUCCCGGUCUCACAGUGGUCUCUAAAACCACAGGCAUCACUCGUCGACCCACUAAUGCUCUGAUUGAUCUGUUGGUAUUGGGCCAACCGCUGGAACAGUAUCCUGCCGAGGUGCGCGAGUGGUUGGUCGGCCAUAAAGCUAUUUGUUUGGCUGUCCAGCUGGGUAGAUUGGGCGCCCCCCUUAAAACCGAUUCUGUGGGUCCAUCACAAGCCCUGAAGACCUGGGCUGUGCAGCUGGGGAUGCCGGUGUUGGCUCCGGCCCAGGUUCCAGAAUCGGUGGAGCUUCACUUGGUCGAUGUUGGAAUGAGCAGAGCGAUUGUUGGCCGAGUGACGGGCGAUCUGCGCGCUCUUCCACCACCGGCUCUGUUUGAUGCCACGUCCUCACACCGUCGCAAAAUGUCACACGGGAAGCGUCCAGAACAUACGGCUCCCCCAGAAAUCUAUUACGAUGAAAAGGAGGCCCAAAAAUAUACUUCAAACUCACAUAUGAUCGAAAUUCAGACCAAACUAUCGGAAAGAGCUCUGGAACUCUUACUUUUGCCAGAAGAUCAGCCACUGCUUCUUUUAGACAUUGGUUGCGGUUCUGGGCUCAGUGGUGAAGUCCUAACAGAGAAUGGCCAUUCAUGGAUUGGUAUUGACAUUAGUCAGGCUAUGUUAAACGUGGCGCAGGAGCGAGAAUCUGAAGGAGACCUCCUUCUUGGAGAUAUUGGUGAACUUCUUCCUUUCCGGGGCGGUUCCUUUGACGGUGCCAUCAGUAUAUCCGCGGUUCAAUGGCUGUUUAAUUCAGAAAGGUCUGACCAGAAUCCAAUCAGGCGAAUUCGAAAUUUUUUCUCUUCUCUCUAUGCUUGCCUUUCACGUGGGUCGCGCGCAGUUUUGCAGUGCUACCCGGAGAGCUCGCUACAGCUGGACUUGUUGCAGACGGAGGCCAUUCGAGCUGGUUUUACUGGCGGCAUUGUCGUAGACUUCCCCAACAGUACUAGAGCAAAAAAGUAUUUUAUGGUGCUGGACGUCGGCGUGGUGCGCACGGUCCCCAAGGCUAAGAUGAAUGAGAAUGAGGUGAAUACGGUUCCUAUAGUGUCUGCUGUGGAGCAGCGCCGACGUGCCCAGGCGGAGCUACGAGAGGCACGACUGCAUGGUCGUCACCCCAAGAAGAGUGCUGCGUGGAUUCGACAGAAGAAGGAACUCGCCCGACGUCGCAUGAAGGAUGUUGCGCACGACUCCAAGUAUACAGGACGCAAGCGACGUCCGCGAUUCUAA